AUGACCUUGGGAUUAGACCACGUUGGCUUUCAUGAGAUGCAAGAGGUCGAGAUGAUCAAAAUUGACAUUCUACGCACGAUGUUACACUUACAUCAUCAACGCGGCCCCUUCAAUUUCGAGGAAUUCCAAUCAAAUAUUAGAGGCGCCUCCGUCAAGGAUCCAAUUCAUUGCACCCACAACAACAAACACAACACUACCUCCGCACGAGUACGUCCGAAUGGUCAUCAAGAGGCAGCCAAGACAUUAUGUAGUCGUCUGCAUCGUUCCCCAUUGGCUUCGCUCAAGCGCACAUACACAUCGAAACCCCCAGGACGCGGAUCCACAAGAUACGACAUGCGGCCUUGCUUACAGGAUAUGUUCAUCGCAAGUCGAUCUCUCUAUUCUACUAUCCAGCUCAAUGAUUCCUCUACAAGCCUGCGCUUGCUCAGCCAAGCCGCCUGUCUCUGGACCUGCAAACUUUCGAACCAUGCAGACAAACUGCGAGACUGCAAGGCCUCAGACCCGGAGACUCGCUACAGCUACAUCUGCAUCAAGGAGGCCGCGCUGUCGGCAAUGCUAUUUGCUAUGCGCGUGGGAGGUGGCAAGUACCCGGCUAACAUUCCCGACCACAACGCACCCGGAUUCAUCAACGAGGAUCAGAAGCAGCGCUUCGAGGAGACAGCCAAGGGGGAUGCGCUGCUGGACGAGAAUGAAGAGGGCAAGGGCCACGAGAUGAGCUUCCGUGGUAAACCGAAUCAGCAUGUGACGGGCGAGCUUAGUAUCCAAAGAGCGAGGGCUGCGUUUUACUCUUCACAAUGCGCUAGUACCAUAAGGAAGUCGUCUCUCCGAAGCUUGUGGGAACGUGGAUGA